AUGGCAGAUGCUGAGAAACCCAAGUCUGAGCCCCACCCCGAGUCGCCUACGACCGCCAAAGCCCUAGACUUCGAUGACGAUACUGCCGAUGCCCCUUCGUCACCUCCUAACAAGUCCACACCUUCUAAACCUACCCCCCAUCCAGGAUCUGGCGAGGAUGUUGCUCCCCCAAAACCUCCGCGGCCGCUAGCUCCAGAGCAGCAAGCAGAAAAUACUCUCAAGGAAGCCUUCCCAGCCAUCGAUGCCUCUGUCAUUAAGGCAGUCUUGCGCGCCAGUGGUGGCAGAGUGGAACCCGCGUUCAAUGCGCUCCUCGGCAUGUCCGACCCUGACGCUGCUGAGCCUGCUGCCCCUCCACAACCUCCAAGGAGACAGCAGCCGCCUACAACGGCAGAAGAAGACCAGCUUGCGGCUGACGAGAGAUAUGCUCGGCAGCUAGCGGAGCAUUACAACGGAGCCGAUUCGUAUGGCACCGCUCCUCAGCAACAGCGUCGAGGGCAACCUCAGCGGCAGGAGCGACCUCCACCGAAUCAGUACGACGAUGAGGACAGAGAACACAGCUUUUUUGAUGACGAUCUACCCGUGAUACGGGACAACAUCAAGAAAGGUUUCCUCGAGACUCAAAACAAUUUCAACAAAUGGGUCACGACUUUGAAAAAGAAGAUAGAUGGCGAAGAUGAAGAUGACUUCCAGAAGGCACCAGCUGUUCCUGCGCAAAAUUAUACCCAACCAAACACAUACGGCUCCCGACGAAGUAGCGAAUUCGGUAGAAGAAGCACAGAUCGAGAACGGUACGACGCUGACCCGCAAGUCAUUGGGGAUGACUUUGCUGGUCUGCAUUUACACGAUAAUGAAGCACACCCAGAGCGGCGAUCUAGCCGACCGCAAGCAAAUCCAGAUCUCUUCAAACCCACGCCACGCCCUCCGUCUAACGCGGGGCGCCGAGUAUCAUUCCAAGAUGGUCCACCAGAAGAGAUAGACAUUCAUUAUCCCAAGUCACCAUCGCCCCUCAACCGCCCCGGCUCAGGCGCGGGUGGAAAGAAUAGCAAGUGGCAGCCUCUGGCGGCUGCCGAUCCUAGCCCUGUCGCCGAGCACGACCCGUUUAGUCUUGGUGAUAGUGACGACGAGGAAUCCAAAAAGAAUGACGUGAAAUCUGAGGAUACCGAAAGACUGAAGCAAGCUGCUGCGGAAGCUAUGGCUGGCGAUAUAGGACCUGGUGAUGGUAAGAAGCUGGAGCCGCAUGACCGGAGUGGGAGCCUCGGACAGAGAGACAAGACGACGGAAGACUUGGUCAAAAAGUCAUGA